AUGUAUCUCUUUAAACUGUUUCUCAGGACAAGCCCAUUAGAAAUAAAGAAACCUGAUCUGGAUAUAGAAUGGUUUUUUCUUUUUCUUUCUUUAUUUCCUGAAAAUUUUAUAUUUACACUUGUUUUCUUCUGUUUUUAUUCCUUUGUUUUUUUUUUAACGUUUCUUUCUUUGUCUUUUUUCUGUUUUUUUCUUUUCUCUUUUUUUUUCUUUUUUUUCUCAUACUUCCCUUCCUCUCUUCUCUUCUUUCCUUUCCAAAUCGAAACUUUAUCUCUCUCUAUCUAUCUAUCUAUCUAUCUAUCUAUCUCAGGAUCUUCAUUAUCUAUCUAUCUAUCUAUCUAUCUAUCUAUCUAUCUAUCUAUCUCAGGAUCUUCAUUAUCUAUCUAUCUAUCUAUCUAUCUAUCUCAGGAUCUUCAUUAUCUAUCUAUCUAUCUAUCUAUCUCAGGAUCUUCAUUAUCUAUCUAUCUAUCUAUCUAUCUAUCUAUCUAUCUAUCUAUCUAUCUAUCUCAGGAUCUUCAUUAUCUAUCUAUCUAUCUAUCUAUCUAUCUAUCUAUCUAUCUAUCUCAGGAUCUUCAUUCUAUCUAUCUAUCUAUCUAUCUAUCUAUCUAUCUAUCUAUCUAUCGCCUUCUCUUUACCACUGAAUUUCCUUCUUUCGAUAUCAUUCGCAUACCUUCAUCUCAACGUCUUCUCUCUUUCUUUCUUUCUUUUUUUUCUUUCUUUCUUUCUUUCUUUCUUUCUUUCUUUCUCUUCCUGUUUCUCGUACUUCUUGAACGCCCAACUCUAUUUUUCAAAUUUCGUUCUCUUUUGCAAUUGUCUUUCUUUCUUUCUUUCUUUCUUUCUUUCUUUCUUUCUUUCUUUCUUUAG